CGCUAUUCACGUAGCUGAAUUUGCGUAUCUUAAAUCGACUCCCCCCUGUAGUGUAGAUGUACCCCUAGUGUCAUAGCUAAACAGAAGCUACAACUUCAGGAGCCAAUGUUCUAACAUUAGGCAAUCCUCCCUGUAGGCACUCAGGAACCAGAAGAGCGGGGCAGCAGGUCUUUUAAUUCCUUAUGACAUCGAUUGCUGGCAUAUUUGCAUCAAGACACAGCUUUUUGAGGUCUUCUGUCUCAACCAGGGCAGUGCAUACACCAAGGGUGCAAUAGAUAGAUAUGGAGAGAGUGAUAGAUUUAUGUUGUUUUCUGCAGAAUUUAAAACCCAAGAAGGACCACACACACAAGCAAAGUUUCAAACGCUUUGCAGGUUUGUUUGAUUCAGGGAGAUGCCGCCUGCUGUCCUGGUCCUUGGCCUCCGGGGACCUUGUCUCUAGUGUCACACACUAGCAACUGCAAAGGUGCAACCCCUAACACCUCAGCACCACUUCUCUUCCCUGCGAUGUUAAUAUACCAGUUCCUGGGUGGGACCACAACAUCCAUCCAUCAAGGGCAAUCAGCAGCCACAGGCUUUCGUGUCCCCCCCCUCCCACUUCCCGUCUCCAGGCGAGGCUCGUUGCAGGGGAGUCAGAAAUACUUCAAGUCUCCUGCUGUCUGCGCUGGAAGGAAACUGAAGUUUUCCGUUUCCCCUCCGCUCGGUGCAGCUGCAAGCCAGAGACCGCGGGCACAUGGCUUCUGAGAGGGCUGCUACCCCCAGCCGGCCAGGAGCAGGCAAGGCCAGGCAUGUGAUGUGCUUUCAUUCCUAGGCAGGGCUGCUCCCUUUGCAGCGGGAGGUCCGGUCUCUCCAGUCCAGACUUAGACCGACGCCUGUUUCGCUGUGGGGCCUGGAGUAGCUCCCCUGGCCCCUCCCCACCCACUCUCGCCCAGCUGAUUUGUGCCUGGGUGCCCAGCCACGGCCAUUGGAGUUUGGGGGCUUGAACGAGGAGGGGUUUUGCCUUGAGCAACAGGAUGUUCCCCGGAAGAGGGCACCCAAAUGGUUUCUUCCAUCCCUGCCCUAAGGACAUCAGCCCCUCCGCCUACCCUGACGACUUUCGCAGGGAUGACGAGGGCAUGGGGUGGGCGCCCCAGGACCAUCAGGAGGCAGCCAACUGGGAUUACCGACACGGGAGACGCGAGGAAGGCUUCAGGGACAGGUGGCACUCGCCCUUUUCCCGAGACAUCGAACCCUACCCCGCUGACUUUUACGGGGGUGACAAGGGCGGGUGCUGGGCACCCCAGGACCAUCAGCAGCCAGCCAGUUGGGAGAACCAACCCGGGAGGCACGAGGAAGGCUUCAGGGGUGGUUGGCACUCGCCCUUUUCCCGAGACAUCGAACCCUACCCCGCUGACUUUUACGGGGGUGACAAGGGCGGGUGCUGGGCACCCCAGGACCAUCAGCAGCCAGCCAGGUGGGAGAACAAAUCCGGGAGACCUGAGGAAGGCUUCAGGGAUGGGUGGCACUCGGCCACGCCAUCAAACCAGCACUGCCUGGAGUCAAUAUCGAGGGAGGAACAUGGCAACUCCUGGGACAGGCAAGUAUUGGCAGAGGAGGCACUUGGAACGAGAGAAGCUACUCACAGGGCCACCUGUUCCUUCCACAGGGAGCAAGACUUCUUCCCCAGGAAGUACCGUGGCCGUGGCUGGAAGCAUCACCGCGGUCCUUUCCGAGGCGGCUACCGAGGGGAAUUUGCCCCUCGCUACCACCGCUUUCAGUCUUACUCUUCCAGAGAAAAGUUCAAGUCGUCCAGGUCGUCGGCCUCCCUGGGAGAUUCCAGCCUUUGCUCUUUUUCCUUCCUCCAGUCGAGUAGAAAGAAAAGUGUUUCUUCUAAGACAGAGAAAGCGAAAUCAGCAGCACCCAAGAAGCCUGGAAAAUCCAAGAAAGACUCCGCAGCUCCAGUGAAAGAACCCAAACCGCCCCAGGUCCAGCCGGAAGCUAGCCAGCCAGCCACAGACCCUUCCAGCCAGGCCGGCUCUGUGCUGGAUACUAAACCCCCGGCUUCACCCGAAACCACAGAGGAUCUUCAUCCCAUGGGAACGGAAGGAAUUGAGCUGGUCCAGCUGGAGGCUGCAGACAAUCCCAGCCAGGCCUGCUGCACUCUGGCGACUGACUCAGGCCUGGCUGACACCCCGGAGGAUCUUUGUCUCCCGGAGGAGGAAAUCAAGCUGGUCCAGUUGGAAGCCAGCCACGAAGCCAUAGACCAUCCCAGCCAGGCCGGGUCUGAUCUGGCUGCUGAACCUCCAGCCCCACCUGAAACUACAGAGGAACUUCAUCCCAUCAGAACAGAAGAUACUGAGCUGCUCCAGCUGGAAGACAACCUGAAGGCCCCAGAUCUUCUCAGCCAGGCUGUCUCUGCUCUAGCUGCUUUACCUCCACUCUGGUCUGAGAUCACAGAGGAGCUGCCUCCCGUGGGAAAGGAAGAAAUUGAGCUGGACCAGUUGGCCGCUCAUCAGAAGGACGCAGGCUAUCCUUACCAGGCCUGCUCUGCUCUGGCUACCCCAGCGGAGUACCUUCGUUCUGCUGCCAUACUGGCCAGAAAGGAAGAAAUUGAGCUGUCCUACCAGCAGUCCAGCCUGGCCUUUGCUGUGGUGGCCACCACGCUGUUGCACAAGGAGCCCUCCAUGGAGGCGGCGAUGGGGUCUGCGCUGCGGGCCAACCUGCGGCAGGUUGGGGGCCACUGCCUACAGGAGCUGGAGCGCUUCAUUAGCAGCUACGACUCGGGCUCCGCCCGCUCAUGAGAGGCAGCACAGUGGGAGACGUCUGCUCUGGCUCUGAGCCCGAUGGGGGGGAGGGGGGAGCGCUGCUGGGGACUGGGGCUGGAGCCCCAGCAGCGGUUCUGGCUGGGAUGAGAAACCAGCAGCUAUGGACUUGUGCGGCUGCAGCUGGAGAUGAUGGGGUGGGAGCAGAGCCCCAGCGUGGAGGGCUGCAAUCAUGGUGCUGAUGCUGGACAACGGCAUGGAACGGGAAAGGGGCUGUUGGCUUGAAGUGGCCGGGAGGGUUAGUAAUUUGGGAGGGGAGGAGACGGCCUGGGGGAGGGCCGAGCGGUGCUAGGGCCAAAGGGGUCAGUAACUAUGGGGAUGGAUAAGUGGUGCCAGAGGGGCUGGGGAUGGGGACGGGGGUUGUUGGGCGGGGCUGACUGAAACCGACGCUGGGAGUGAUGGGCGACAGCCUCCUCGGGAGAACACUUGCAGCAGUUUCACCUGGCCAGGAUCGGGGCCCCUGAGCCCCGUGGUUUCAUUGAAGGAGAGGAGUCCUUGAAAGUCCCUGCUUGGCUUCCCUGAACAUUGAAAUGUUUGUUUUCUGGAGAAAAUUGUUUUAUCUCUGAAAAAUAAAAUUGCAGGCGGCGGGCAGCGGGACCCCUGCAGCUGCCCCUGCACCAUCAGCGUU